AUGGAGACACAACGCGCACACCUUCUUACAGCGCUGAGGGAUCUCCGCACCCUGACCAGCAAAGUCAAAGAGUACUUGGAGGAAACGGCGGAAACCCAGCCCGAACUCGACGAUCGCGAAUACGAACUGCUCCGCAAUGAGUUCCUCGAAAGCGCAAACAAUGCGAUACUCAGUCUCUCUCACCCCCUCGAAUACUGGGCCAACAUCCGUGGCGAAUGUGCCGACGUUGCCGUAUUCCGCUGCGCAUGCGAACUAGAACUCUUUCAACGCAUCCCGCUCGAUGGUUCCAAAUCCAGCACCUUACUUGCCAGUGAGGCUGGCGUAGAGUCUUCGGUAUUGACACGCGUAAUGCGCCUUCUUCAAGCCAGAGGUUGUUUCCAAGAAGUAUCCGAAGGCGACUUCGCCCACACGCGCUUCUCCGCAUUCGUGCGAGAGCAUCCUCACUUUGCAUCCUUUACCCGUACGAGCCUCGAGGUUUUUGGUGCAUCUGCAACAAGCCUGGCCGAUGCGCUGCUGGCUGCUCCGGGAGACAACGGGGCGAAGACCAGCGCGUUCGAGAUCAGAUUUGGCGAGGGGUGUUAUUCUUUUUGGGAGAGACAGCCUAAGAAAUUGGCACGAUUCCAACAUGGACUUCAUGAGCCGUUGUUGCUCGGUGAGAUCUUGAACGCAUACGAUUGGGAUGGGGUCAAGGGAACGGUGGUGGAUGUCGGAGGCGGAGAGGGGCAAGUCGCCAAGUGCUUGGCUGAGCGCUUUGAGCACUUGAAAUUUUUAGUGCAAGACGUGUUUGUCAAGGAAAGUGUCGUUGCGCAGGUCGCUAGUGCUGGGCUGGCCGACAGGUUGCAAUUCGAAGUCCAUGACUACUUUACCCCUCAGAAACCCCUGAAAGAGGGUGCAUUCUUUCUCAAACACUGCCUGCACAAUAACGGCGAUGCGGAUUGUGUGCGCAUUCUGAAAGCAAUCGUACCAGCUCUUGAGCAUAGCGGACCAGGAACGCGCCUUAUCAUCGCCGAAAAUGUGCUUCCGGAGUGGGACGAUACUAGGCUUCCGAAACAGCAAAGGUUCAUAGGCCGCCAAGAGGGCAAUUGUGCUGCUUAG